ACGGAACAGAUAUAACCGUAUAUCAAAGUGCAGUCGAGUUUGAAAGACUAAAUAUUGAAUAUCAAUAUAAAAGCAUAGACUUUAUUUAUUGUGAUUUCCGACAGUCAGAUUAAGGUUUUACAACUAUGGUAAGGAAGUGAAAUAAAGUAACAUAUGUUAUACCGGAAUAGUUUGAAUUUGUUUAUAAAUGUAUACGAGACCAAAUUUACGCGGAAGUUACAGCACGCAUAAACCCAACAGUGAGUUUUAUUUAUACUUUGGGCGAAAUGAGGCGAUGUAUCCAGCCCCAGACUAUCCCGGCUCGUCUGACAGCAUCCCGAAACAGCCAGACUAUCCCGGCUCGUCUGACAGCAUCCCGAAACAGCCAGACUAUCCCGGCUCGUCUGACAGCAUCCUGAAACAGACAGAUCAUUUUAAAACAUGGAAAGACAAUCUCAAAGAACGCUCUUUUGGACACUCUUCAGUGAUAUCAUCAAGACGUGGAGACAAAAUGACGACAGGUUGUCACCAGUUUCUUAAAUAUGCCAACCUUCUCUUCACAUUCAUUAUAUUCAUAGCUGGAGCUGGUAUUCUCGGCUUAGGUAUCUAUAUUCUCGGCUCUGACUAUGGUGCCAAGCAGUUGUCAGAAAUUCUCGGAAAUGAUCUCUACCAAAUUGCAGCGUACGUUCUAAUUGUUUGUGGUUCCGUGCUCAUUGUAAUAUCUAUGUGCGGAUGCUGCGGAUCUCUUAGAGAAAGCAAAUUUAUGCUCGGUUGUUUUGUGUUUGCCAUAUCAGUCCUCGUGUUAGCGUUAAUUACAGCAGCAAUUAUUGUGUUCGUGUUUAGACAAAAGAUGGAAGGAGACAUCAUACAUUCCAUGGAGGAUGUUUUAAUAGAAAAAUAUGGUGUAGACCUUGCUACCAAUGCAGACAACAGAAUGAUAACAGACUUCUGGAAUUGGUUGCAAAGAGAGUUGAAAUGUUGUGGAGUGACAGGUGACCUCAACAGUACGACAUCGUGGGCCAUAUACAGACAUUCGGAAUGGUAUAAAGGUUUUGAAACAGGUAAACCAUAUGUACCCCAGAGCUGCUGUAAGGCGGACGGAGAUAUAAACCUGUGUACAGGUAUCACAGGCUUCAACGGACCGCCCUCUGUAACACCGCCCCUGCUUGGCAAUGUGGAUACAAAUUCAGAACUGUACACGGUGGGGUGUUAUGAUGAGCUUGUCCAUUACAUACAGAAUCACGUGGUCAUCAUUGGCGUCUGCUCCAUUGCUACAGUCGUUGUCAUGUUAUUUGGUUUGUUUUUCUCCGUGUACCUGUGCAGAAGGAUUGAUAUCGAGUACUACAGCUACUAAACAGUACACACACACAUCCAACAGGAAUGUCAGUGACCUGUAAUGGUUCCUUAAACACAAAAACUAACAUUUUUGGAAUAGAUUAUGUAAAUGUUCAAAAUGUGUAAAUUAUUAAUCUGCAAAUAUUCAGUCACUUAUUUUUCUGAUGUACAUAUUUAGUUAAUUUAACAUACAUUUAUACACUGUGAUAAAUCUGAGUAUGUUUUUUUGUUGUUGUUAAAAUGAUAUUUAAUUCAAGAUUGUCUCGAGUAGUGAGGAAAUACUAUUCGUUUGGAGACGUCAUAUUUCGCGUGAUCGAAUGUUUACUGUCUUAUAUUUUCUCUUGGGUGAUAUCUUUCGAUAUGCCUUUAAAUUGUCAUCUGUGUCUGGUUCCUUCUUUGCUUGAUAUCUCCAUCGAUAGGCCCUUCCAAUGUCAACUCUUUGGAUGAUAUCUCUUUUGAUUGGCUUGCUCCUUAAAUAAUGUCAAUUAUCCCUUCACAAUUAUCUCUUCUAUGGGCGAUAUCUGUAUCGGAGGACCUUCCGAAUGCCAACUAUCCUUAGUGAUAUCUGUGUUGAUGGGCCCUUCAAUGUCCUUUUGUUAAUAUCUGUAUAUAUUGGCUUUUCCCUGGUAUCUUCUUUGUGCGAUAUCUCUUUCGGUGGGUCCCUCCAUGUCAGCUGUCCUUGAUCUGUUCCUUGGGAGAUAUCUCUGCCGAUGGGCCCCUCAGUUUUAAUUAUCCCCGGUCCUGUCUUUGUGAUAUAUCUCUUCCAAUGGGUCCCUCAAUUUUAAUUAUCCCCGGUCUUGUCUUUGUGAUAACUCUUCCGAUAGACCCCUCAAUUUUAAUUAUCACAGGUCCUGUCUUUGUGAGAUAUCCCUUCCGAUGGGCCCCUAAAUGUUAAUUAUCCCCGGUCCUUUUUUGUGACAUAUCUCUUCAUAAUUAUAGGCCCCUCAAUGUUAAUUACCCUUGUUCCUGUCUUUUUGAGAUAUUUCUUCUGAUUGGCCCCUCAAUAUUAAUUAUCCUCGGUCCUUUCUUUGUGAGAUAUCUCUUUCGAUGGACCACUCAAUGUUAAUUAUCCCCGAUCCUUUCUGUUUGAGAUAUCUAUUCGGAUGGGCCACUCAAUGUUAAUCAUUCCUUGUCCUGUCUUUGUGAGAUAUCUCUUCCGGUAAACCCCUCAAUGUUAAUUAUCCCGGGUCCUUUCUUUUUGAGUUAUUUCUUCCGAUUGGCCCCUCAGUUUCCUUUCUUUAAGAGAUAUCUUUUCCGAUGGGCCCCUCAAUGUUAAUUCACAUUCCUUGUCCUGUCCUUGUGAGAUAUCUCUUCCGAUGUGCCACUCAAUGUUGUUUUAGAUUCCUCGAAUGUUAACUAUCCCUGGUGUCUUCUUUGGGUGAAUAUCUGUCCAUCAUUGUUAUUAAAACGUGAGCCUAAAUAGUUCGAUUCACCAUAGUUUUUACAGUUCGAAAUACUUUCAUUACACGUAAACAAUUAUCAUAAGACUUUAUUGACACACUGUAUAUAAUUAUGUAUUUAUGCCAAUUAUUGUUUUUAAUAAAAUGAUGUCAUUA